AUGUUUCGGUACUGUGUCGAGCUGCUGAGCUGCACUUGGUCGGGUGCACAGCAGGAAUCUACGCCACCUGUCUGUCUUGAGGUGCAUUGUCAGAAGCGGGGUGCUCGCUGCCGUGUGGAAUGUUUGCCGGCGCAAAUGGCGGUGCGCAGUGCGCCGGAGACGGAGCGUAUUCUUUUAUCGGUCCUACGCGACGGCGCAGUUCUGGCUAGAAGUGACGCCAUCGAAAUUGGUGGCGUCAGCCGCCGUGUAGGGGCGCGUACGGUGCCGCUGAUGGCCGGGGCUGCUGUGCUGUGCAGUGUGCGCCUCAUGUGGUCCGUCGAGGAGGAGGACGGAACGGUGUUCUCACGCCAUGUCGAGGAUUAUGUGGGGGACAGGCGGCAGGCCGCGGCGCCGGUGGAGCAAGAAGAGACUGUUGUCACUGCUGUUUCUGCCGCCGCUGCUGCUACAGCUAUCACUGCUCCAGCCGGGGGAUUUGUCUCGCGACAGGUGGGCUGUUCUUCCCCCACCGCCAGUCCGCUUUCUUUGACUCUAACACCGAAAGCAGCAGCAGCGGCUGUUGCAGUGAAGGAGAGCACGGCAUUUUCAGAAGAUUUGUCGGCGCAGGCUGUUAUUGCACAGCAAUACCUAGACCACCAGCAGCAGCAGCACCAACAGCAGCAGCAACAGAAGGAGGAGCAACAAAACGAGCAGUGCACGAUUGUUGGAACUCGCGGUGCGGGCUACCGUCUGAGUGGGAGAGAAGAGCUGGGGGCCCGGUGGUGCGUGGGCACCCAGCGGCACCUCCCGCAUGAUGGGGUUCCCGACUACUACGUCACGUCCACGCAGCUGGAGGGGCGGCCAAUGGCGUGGCACAAUUUAUACACCAGUCCUGCACCCCUACUGGUGGCAGACGGCCUCAUGCUAGAAGCUGUGUCGUGUUCGACUCUAGUACCGCCUGUGAGCGGAUGUGAUUCUCCCCAAAUGUCUUCGCAGAAGGGCGGCUCUGCUCUCGAGGACAUUAUACUUCGACCGACAAAGGCGCCCGAGACGUCGGGGGAGGAGGCGCAGAGUUUGCUUUACUCGAAUAGAAAGAAGGUGGAGUGGCGUAGGUUGACGUCUUCAGAUGCUUCUAAUGCUGCAAGGCCCACGUUGCAUACAAGGUGA